AUGGAUAAUAAUUAUAAUAAUUCAAACUUUAUUGAUGAAGAUGAUUUACGACUGUCAACAACUAAUUCUCAUCCAAAUGUUAAUUGCAGUGCUCCUUGCAAUUACAAUAAUAAUAAUGACUGUCCCAUGAUGAAUAUCAAUACAUCUGGUAGCGUUACUACGUCUUCGCAAUCUUACCCUACUACAUCAUCAGAUCCCCCGCAUCCCUUACCGCAAUAUAUUCAACAAAUUCAACCUGUUUAUCAACAAAAUAUUGAAAAUAACAUUCAACAACACACUACUCAGCCUAUUACCCAGAACGUACCGCAAAAUAAUUACAAUACUUCUCGUUAUACUCACUUCCCCUCCAAUGAUUAA